CCGUUCGCACUGCGCAUGCUCCCUACAUCCUCUCCUCUCCAGCCACACGUCAAAGGGACUUGAAAGCUUGAAUAAAGAUGCUCAACGUCUCGGGUCGCUGGAGUCUUGUCACCGGGUGAAACCGAGUCCUACAGAGGGACGCACGCAGCGGGAACGUGCAGCUUUAACGGAACGACAGCCCCGUUUCUGGCUUUCUAGCGCGGGGGCACCGACAUGGAGCUGAAGAAAUCUAUUUCGGACACCGAACGCGCGCUCAGGAGCUACGGAGCCGUUUCGGAAACGGCGUGGACAACGGACAAAGGCCACUCAGAUGUGUCCAUGGCAGAGAGCACCAUGUCUCCAGAGGAAAUUGAAGUGGAGAUGGCUCGUAUCCAGCGCCUGCGGGAGGUCCUGGUGCGCCGAGAGUCAGAACUGCGUUUUAUGAUGGAUGACAUUCAGCUCUGCAAAGACAUCAUGAGUUUAAAGCAGGAGCUCAGACAGAUUGUCGCAGUACCAGAGAAAGAAAAGAACAAGAAGCACAGGCAGCGGGAAGAGGAGCUGAUCCUGAAGAUCCAUAAACUGGUGCAGAAGAGGGAUUUCCUGGUUGAUGAUGCUGAGGUGGAGAGAUUAAGGGAACAAGAGGAGGACAAGGAGAUGGCCGAGUUCCUCCGGCUGAAGCUGAUGCCUCUGGAGCAGAAACUCAAAGUCACACAAAAUCCUCCAAAGCCCAAGAGACAAAUCCCCGAGCCGCCUCCCAACAAACCGUUCAUCACCAAAUCAGGGGCGGCCAUCAUUAAGGACUGCUGCGGAGCCACCCAGUGUGCCAUAAUGUAACUGGCACAGACUUCUACAUGUCGGACACACAUCACAUGACACGACAUACAUCCACCCCACCACCCCGUUACCCAGAGAACCUCAGUUAGCAGCGUUUGAUCUUGAAACUGCUCAGGGAUCAGAUUUGUAGUUUGGCUGCAGGGAGCUGAUCAGUAUUCAAGGGAAACUCUGCAGGAAAGAUAUUUGUCAAGAAGGAGAGAGUUGAAUACGUGUUGAUGAGCAGAACUACAAGCACAAUAAACUAACAGCUGAGGUUGUCUGUCUGACGGAAAAAAAAAUAAAUCCAUUUUCAUCCCAUCAUGUUUGACAACAGGUAUUUACAGUGUCACAUUUCAGCUCAUAAGCAUCAACUGGUGAACCUCUUUCACUUUCAGGAGACCCGAUUCUCUGCAUUUUCACAAGAUUCCCCCCAAAACUCACAAAUAGUAGCCUGUAAAGUGACUUAUGCAAACUGGUAUAUAAAUACUAGAGAGGAGCGGCAGCCCGUGGAAGCUUUUGAGCCGAGCAAUAUUCUUAAAACAGCAGGUUUAUAGUCUGGACAUGAGGAGUUUACAGAUAAAAAAAUGUCACCAAAAGCUCAUAAAUCAAUUAAAAGACUUCACACUGCUACAAAGAUGGGUCAUAUUGGGCACAGAGCCAGUUAGGAAUAUUUGGGUGAUACAACAGAAGUCUGAGAGUCCUCAAAGAGACUGACACAAGACAGUAAACAAAGCUGCAAAAGGCAGAAUUAUUCAUUUAUAUCAAAAGGAUAACUAAACGGAAAAAUAGUGGACAUGUUCUGAAUUAAGGGGUUGAUGGAAACUUUGAUAUAAAUAUAGCAGGAACUUUUAACAUUUAUUUCAUUAUUACUCAUAACAUGUAACCAAUCAUAGUGCUAUAUGUGCACAGAAAUGCUCCAUUCUUAUUACUGUUUGUAUACUUCUACAUUUCUUUCCUCACCACCUCUUUUUUCUUUUCGCUCCCCACCAGAGAUGUGAACAAAGGGAGGGGUGGGUGUGUGUGUGUGUGUGUGUGUGUGUGUGUGUGUGUGUGUGUGUGUGUGUGUGUGUGUGUGUGUGUGUGUGUGUGUGUGUGUAUUUAAAGAGUUUUUGUUCAGGUAAAUAUGAUGCGAGACACAGCUGCAUCAUCUAAUCUGAAUCUAAAUAUAAUCUGAUGAAAGGAUCAGCCUUUAUGGGGUGGGAAAGCAUGAACUCCUAAUUUUAGUGUUACAGAUAAUAAACAGAAACAUAAACAAAAAAUUACCAAUAAGCCAACAUUAAAAUGUGUCUUCAGACUUUCCGUAGCACUAACUGGCCUGCCGCCUCAUGGGACUCACGUUUGUAGUGUUUUCAUUAACCUCUCAUGAUCUUGACUUCUGUAUAUGAUAAACAGUUCAACCAUUUGUCAUCAUGAAAACUUCACCCCUCCCCAAAGUCAACACGUCACCCAUCUAACAUCAACUAAUGGGAAAAUAGUGACAUCAUCCAUAGUAAUUAUGGGAAAUUACCGAAAAACGGCUUGCAUCCUCUGAAUUUAGUCUUGCAUUUUUAACGAAAAACACCAGGAAAUGAAUGCAACCCUCUUAUAAAUGCCUCCAAUAGACGGUGUAUGUUUGAAUGUUGAGUGUAUUUAGGACAUUAGUGACUCCUGUCAAGCAAAGUGUUGCUCUUUGUCACUUCCUUCUGAUAAACUUAGCGUUCUGUAGUUGUAGUGAAUUUAUGAAGGUCCCAAUGUUGAAUAUUGAACAAAUAUGCAGAAAAAUAAGCUGAAACUACCUGUACAUACAUGUUUAAAUAAAGAGCAUCUUUCAGGAA